UUUUCCAAGUUCAGUGAUUCACAAUUAGCAAUACUAAAUUUUACCUACCUCUUUACUGUGCUGUCAUUCAGUGUGCUACAGUCCUCCUAUGGUCCUUCUAGGAUGAGAGAGUGGCAAAGGGCCAGCUGUUGUAAGGUAUGUGAGAAAAAAUUCGCAAGCAGCACCAGGACUCCAGGACUACACCUCACAUCCAUUUCCAUUGAGUCUUAACCAGCAGAGAACAUAACAUUCUUUUGCCUGGUUCAAACAGGCAUCUCUGGACCAAGAAAUUAUAAAGCACUGCUGAUAAAAGCUAAAGGUUUUAAUUUUUUUUACCUUUUUUUUUUUUUUUAAGAAUUCAGCAGUGAGGUUGAAAUCUUGAAGUAGAACAUAUUUAAAAUCAGACUAUGAAAGCAAUGAAGAAUCCAUAUUUUUCCCACAGAGAAAUUUUCAAUGAACAAAAAACAAGGAACAGCAGAAAUCUUGGAUGGAACUCCACAAUGUGCAAUCAUGUGAGGUGUGCAAGUAGGGUAAAAUGCGCUGUUCAUGCCAAUCUGUAGGUAGCUUCAUAAUAAACCAUGCAAAAGAGUCAUUUGGGCUUUUGCUUUGCCCAUUUAAGAAAAAAUAAGGCAUUGCCCAGGAACCUACUUCAUUGUACCCAACAUUUGGAAUUUUCCUUUUCUGCGCAGAAGGUACAGGGGAAACCAGUCUCACAAAACUACUCUUUAGAUAACUUAAGAAUUAUGAGCAUUUUUAAAAAACAGACCAUAUACUAUUUCAAAUGAUGUUUCUUUCACUGAAAAAACUGACCCAAACACUCAUCCACCACUGAGACCCUGUUAUUGUGAAGGGCUAUUUUUUGAUUAUGUAGGUUUUAUGUUGGUACCAGCUUUGCCAGGCUUUGUUCCCUACUUGGUGUCCAAAGCUUGUGCUUACCUGAGCUUACUCAACACUGUAAAGAAAUGCCCUGGAGUCAUUCAGUGAAUUUUUUAAAGAGGGAAAUAUGGGGAGUACCAGGGCAACCCCGUGGGUACUUCAUGUUACUGGAGAGUCCCUAAAUGCGCAGUUGUGAGCAGGAAAGCAAGUACUUAGCAAGGCCUGGCCACCAGACGACUGCAGUGUGCCUUCCAGAGAUACAGGUGACAGAACUUUGCUCUGUCGUGGUUUCUUUUCCAGACCAAAACCAAAAUACUGAGGCUGAUUCUUGAAUGUCUGGGCUUUGUCAUUUCUGCUAGCAGUCUUGAUUUGCCAAAUUGUGAGGGGCAGUCUCUUGCCCUAGAGAUCUUUUGUUCUUAUCGUCUUGCCACAUUUUGUGCAAUCAGCAUUUCAGUUAACCACUUCUAACUUUCUGUCAGUCAAGUUCCUUCUUAAAAAAUAGAGUUUAAAUACCCUGAAAUGUAAAAGUCAGAUUAAAAUCCCUUUGACAUGACCAGUCAUGGUUUGCUGAAUACAAUGUUCUAAGAUGUCUCAAGAUGGGACAGAAGCUGAUCUGGAUUGAUAAGAAUCCUAGAAAAAUGGGAUUAACUAGGUGAAUGUGCUGAUCUGAUAAAACAUGGGAGUGGCUACAAGACAACAGGUCAGACAUUUGACAGUAACAUGGGAGAGUUUGGAAUUAUGAAUUAUAUCAAAUGUCAGUACUAUGCCAACAGGCAAGAUGUCAUUCAGUUGUCUUAUGGAAACUCUAGUAAAGUAUAGGUCUGUGCACAUUAUUCCUUUGCUUUCUAUUAAUGUUUUAUUUAGGCUACUAUUUUAUUUUGACAGUAUCAGGAUAACUUCUUUUGGUUUGACUGUUUAUUUAAAGGGCAGAUGAUAUCUAAAACUUCAAAUAUGAAUCAUUCUAAGCCUUUCCAUCAGGGCGAAAGAACACACUUGGCACACACAUACAGGAAACAACAAGCGGUUCCUAAAAUGUCAUGUGAGUUUCUUUUUUCAGUAACUCCAGGGACAGGACUGAUGGUACUUGCUCCCUGACACACUGAAAUAACUUCACUCAGCUGCAGAAUGCCUCAGCUCCUGGGCAAUAGCAGUUCAGAGGAACAGGCUGCUGGAUAUUAUGCAUCAGUAUCAAUUGUCUCCAUUGCUAUCUUCAUCAUCGUUUUCAUCACAGGUAUCCCAGGCAAUGGAUUGGUAAUCUGGGUAGCUGGUCUGAAAAUGAAAAGGUCUGUGAACACUGUGUGGUUCCUAAACCUUGCUGUGGCUGAUAUCAUGUGCUGCUUGUCCUUGCCAUUUUUCAUUGUUCACCUGGCCCUCCAUGAACACUGGCCGUAUGGUUGGUUCCUCUGCAAAGUCAUUCCAUCAGUCAUAAUCUUCACCAUGUUUGCUAGUGUCUUCCUACUCGUGGCCAUCAGCAUCGACCGAUGCCUCCUUGUCACGAAACCUGUCUGGUGUCAAAACCAUCGAACAGUGAAAUUUAUAUCGCUAAUAUGCAGUGGCAUUUGGAUCCUGGCCUUCAUUUUCUGCUGUCCUGUCUUCUACUACCGUACGACAAGCACUUACGAUGGCAAAACUGAGUGUGGGUACAGUUUUGGAGACGAUCAGGUGCUAGAUUAUAUAAAUGAGUCUGUAAAUGAGUCAUGGGAAGAAUACUCACCUCUAGCCUACAACGAUAACGACUUGUUGGGAAAUACCUAUGACCGUGAUUAUUCUGUACCCCUUGCCUUAGUGGUAAUGAACAUCACUAGGGCUGUCUUUGGCUUUGUGCUCCCCUUUGGCAUAAUGGCAGUUUGCUACGUCCUUAUCGUUUUCAGAACUCGCGCAAAUCAGUUUAGCAAACCGCACAACAGGAUGCUGCGAACAAUUGUGCUCGUGGUAGCUGCAUUCUUCACCUGCUGGGCUCCAUACCAUGUAGUUGGGAUUCUCUCCCUUGUACCUGGUCUUAGAACAGGACUUACGGAGUCACUGAUCCUGUGGGAUCACCUUUCUACAGCACUUGCCUAUGCCAACAGCUGCAUCAACCCCCUGCUCUAUGUUUUUGUGGGACGGGACUUCAGGGCAAAGGUACGGCAAUCAGUGCAAGGAAUCUUGGAAGGUGCCUUUAGUGAUGAACUCACAUGUUCAACCCUUCACAGAAGCCAGACUUCAGCAGAGAAGAAUAUUAGCAGCACAGUGUAAUGCAGGACUUCCUCUCACCAUUGCAGAAAGACCAAGCUAUGGCCCUGCACAUCAAUCACUGUUUAACAGCUGUUUUUGCUCUAACACAUUUCAUUAGCCUGCAACUCCACACCCAGGACACUGUAUGGUUCAGAUCAUGACAAGUAACCCCUUUACAUCCUACUCUAGAGAUGGGAAGUUGGAAGUACCAAGAGUGAGGGAAGACUGGUGAAGCAGAAGAGAGUAUUUUAACCCUUAAAGAAGAAAGCAGGGCUGCAGAAUGUGGUGGGAUCAUGUAGCUGAACCUCUGAAUUGAGAUGUUCUUUUAUUUCCACAUGUCUAUGUUCUACAUCUCCUGUCUCUGAUAAACUGCAGAUAAAACUCACUUUGAUGUCUCUCCUCA